AAUCUAUUGAAAAAAAAUAAGAAUACAAUAUUGAUAUAAAGAUAUAAUGGUUUUAAUACAAAAAUCACCUGCCGCGUAUUUUGAAAGUUAAACCUCUUUCCUUUCCAUUCACUAUAUUGAAGAAGAGAAUUAGUUUUCGCCGUUUUUUUAUCAAAAAAUGUUUGCCGUUAAUAAUUUAUAAAAAAAAACUUUCACUCAAAAAGUUGCGGCUGAAGGUUUUAAAACAUUUAUUUAGAAUUUGUGAUACCGAAUAUUUAGUUGGAAAAGUAAAGCUAUCGUUUUCGCGUGUUUUGAUAGACAGGAAAGGAAAUAGAAUUGAUAAGGAGAAUUUUUGGAUAGCCCGACCUGGGAUAUAGUGAGGAUUAUAUGCAAUCUUGAGAGAAUGAUAUUUGGAAGUGGUAGUUUAAAAUGUCUUUUUUUGUAAAGUUUAAAGUUCGGAGAGAAAAACAAAAUGGAAAUAAUCAAAAUGACAACAUAAAUAAAAGAUACAGUUAUAUAUAAUAUUUAUCACAAGCAGGAAACAAAUUGUAUUGGAAAAAAACCCUGAGUGUUCACGAAAAAACUGGGAGGAAUUUAAGUUUAAUUUUGUGCGUGUUUGAAUCAUGGGGAAGGUUUUGCAGCAACAGAACAUCCGUACACUGCUACUGAUCACUUCAACAGUUAUAUACAUGCUGUUAGGAGCGGCUGUGUUUAGUGCUCUAGAGUUCGACGAACACGUGUCUCAAAAGAAAAAGUACCUCAAUAUAUAUAAACGUUUGAUGGAGAGAUAUAACAUGUCGUCGGAAGAUGUGGAGGAAUUGGCGCGUUAUUUACAUAAACGGAGACAUGUGGAGUGGUCUUUGGAACCGUGGAGUUUUGCUGGAUCCGUUUAUUUUACAUCUGUGACUAUUACAACAAUAGGAUAUGGACAUUCAGUUCCACAGACAAUCAGCGGGCAAAUCUUUUGCAUGUUGUACGCUUGUAUCGGUAUACCAUUAAAUUUAACGAUGUUCCAAGCUAUUGGCGAGCGUAUGGGCGUUUUAAUGUCGUUCGUAUUACGCCGUAUCAAGCGUUGUCUUGGUCUAAAAAGUCGCGAUGUAUCUUUAAUUCAUUUAGUUGCACUUGGACUGAUUAUUUGGUUCGCUUUCCUAUGCGCUGGUGCCGCCAUGUUUUCUCAUUACGAAAGAUGGGAUUUUUACCGAUCACUGUAUUACUUUUUUGUUACCUUAACAACCAUUGGUUUCGGGGACAUGGUAGCUUUGCAAGAAGUUAACAGGAAACACCCUUCGAACGGAGCGUACAAUUCUAAGACUUUAUACAUCGCUUCAACGUUAAUAAUGAUAUAUGUUGGACUAGCUAUCGCAUCUUCAGUGAUAAAUCUACUAGUGAUGCGACUUAUGGAAUUACAACAACCGAAAAGAACCCGAAGAACCAAUGUAUCUUGGAGAAAUAGCGGACCUAGAUGUAGCCACUGUAAGCACAAAGGACAAGUGAAUUGCUCAGAAGAUGCUUCAACGAACAUUGUGGAGAAUGAAUCGAUAAUGAUUUUACAAAACUUUGAGGAGGAACUAGCCUUUACGUCAUAUAAACAAAUUCAAGAGAAUAACUUACCAUUUUAGCACGAAAGUUUUCUUUUGUUUUCUUGUGUAUAUAUUUGUACAUAUAUACAUACGAUUAAUUGCAGAUAUAAUUAAAUAAUUUGUGUCAUAUAUCUGUCUAUAUAUAUAUAUUAUAUAUAUUUGUUGUUAUUUUGUUGAGUUUUUAUUAAUUGGUACUUUAAUUUUGGAGUGUUUAUAUUGCCAAAAAAUGAUGAAAGAUUGUAUAAAGCAUUUUUUGCAACAAAAUUAGUAAAUACU